AUGGGUGUCAAAAGAUACAUUCUUAAAGCCGGGAACAGCGUUAAACCUGUUACAAAUGAUGAAGCGACAGUCGGCUACAAAGGGUGUCUCUAUGAUACCAGAAGACAGUCAUUUCAUGGGGGGAUGAUGACUAUGCAAGUGGGAAUAUUGUAUGUAUUUGCUUCGCCUACCGUCAGGUACAAGUUUAGCGGCUUUCCGGGCCUCAUUCCACUCAAUUCGAUUCUAGUGUUAUCGUCUUGCUUUGAUAGACAAAGCAGAAUUAUCUUCAACAGAGCCUUCAUCUGGUAUCCGCAACAUUACAUUAUCGCCGUCAGCCACAAGGUGCCACUGAAGAAUUUCGUUAAUAACGGUAUUCCACCUGAGAUUGGCACUGUUCACGAUCGAAGACAUUUUGCAGAAACGUCUAUUAUGUCGGCGAAAGUUGGAGAUUUGGCUCUAAGUGGAGAAUGGGAAGAGAUCAAGACGGCUUUGAAAUUUGAGAUAACGGAGAGCAUGACUAUGGAGUUCGAAGGCACAUCAUGCAAUAUUGCGGAUGACGAGGGGAAGCUAGUUGACAGUUUGGGUACAGCGCACGGACGGGUAACGCGAGAAGUUCUUUAUGGGUAUAAAUGUUAUGUGAUAAAGGCGUGGAUCAAGUUUGAAAAGAAGUCCUCAUGA